AUGACUCUCUUGAACAACAUUGUCCGCAUUGGUUCCCCUUCUAUCAUGUCAAGUAGCUCAUCGGUGGUCUCUGGUGGUGAAGGACAUAGCUCUGCUCAAUCAUCAAACUCUGUCGCUUGUGGAGGCUAUGAUGGUGGCAAUUGGGGAGGCUGUGGCUCUGGAUAUCCUUGGGGUGGCUACGGCAACCGAUGGGGUGGAUGGAACAACUGGAACCGCUGGAACAAUUGUGGAUGUUGUGGUGGCUGUGGUGGAUGUGGAUGUUAG